CAUUAGUUAGUGAUCAAGAACUGAUGUUUUAUUCAACCAAUCAGCGUUCUUUGAUCUCUUCUUUUAUGCGUGCGUGAAUAUCAUGUAAAUAAAGGCAUACAGAAGUUGAAGUUAUUCGGAAGUUAGUGUCUUCCAGCACUUUGCACGCGAUAAUUGUUUGACCCGAGAUUUUAGAAAUGGUUUAAGUUGGAUAUUAAAAUUAAAAAUCUUCAAGAGAUAUAUAUAUAUAUGUUUUAUCAUUACUGAACACAUGUAAAAAAAUUGUGGAAGAUGGGAUUGUUAUCAGUAUUGAAGCAAUCUAAUGUGAUUUAUGUUAUAUUUGGUAUAACUUUUCUUACAUCGGGCCUCAUCAUCAAUUUUUUCCAGUGUCUUUUGUACUUUGGUCUUAGACCUUUUUCCACAUAUCUUUAUCGCAAGAUUAACUACUAUCUCUGCUAUUCCUUAUAUAGUCAGUUAGCAUUUGUACCAGAAUGGUGGUCUGGAUUAGACAUUGUACUUUAUAUGAAUAUGGAUGAUGUGGAAAAAUUUAGAAAAAAUCAUAAAUAUAUAUUAAUGAACCACAGAUAUGAAAUAGAUUGGCUUUGUGGAUGGAUCAUAUGUGAACGUACUGGAGUACUUGGUAAUUGCAAAGCAUAUGUAAAAAAAUCAUUACAGUAUGUUCCAAUAUUAGGGUGGGCAUGGAGAUUUGCUGAAUAUGUAUUUAUGGAAAGAAAUUGGAAAAAAGAUAAAGAAGUAAUCACCUUUCAAAUUAAAGAGCUUGUAAAUUACCCAGAUAGUAUAUCGUUGCUUUUAUGUGCCGAGGGAACACGAUUUACAGCAGAAAAACUAGAAGCCAGUCAAAAAUUUGCCCAAAAAGCGAAUCUUCCAAUAUUAAAUUAUCACUUAACACCUCGAACGAAGGGUUUUGUAGCAAGUUUACCGCAUAUGCGGGGCAAAAUUUCUGACAUUUAUGACAUGCAACUGCAGUUUAAGUCAGAUGAUCCUGUAAAACCAACGUUAACAAACUUACUGCAGGGAAAACGGAUCACUGCGUACAUAUGUAUUUUCAGGAUACCGUUAGAAGAAGUGCCAGAAGACGAGAAAGGUGCUGAAGAAUGGUUACAUAAACAUUAUGAGAAAAAAGAUCGUAUGGCAGAAAGUUUUGAACAAACAGGUGAUUUCUUUGAACUUAGUGGGGUGCCCAAAUUAGAAAAGAUUACAUUAAAAAGAAGAUAUCAUUCACUUGUUAAUAUAAUUUUCUGGGCAGUGGUAGUGAAUGCACCAAUACUUUAUUAUUUGAUUAUUAUUCUCCUGUCUGGAUCGAUAAUUUAUUUCUCGAUAGGAGCGAGUAGUAUCUUCUUAAUUUAUUUACUUUUGCAAAGAAUGAUCGGAAUGUCCAAAAUAAGUAAGAGUUCAUCAUACGGAACUGAUGAUAAGAAAUUGAAGUAAGAUAGAAAUGGGAAAAUAAUAAAAGGAAUACAGUAUGAAAAAAUACAGAAUGAAUACAGAAAAAUUGACAUUGAAGUUAGAUGAGCGUUUGCAAAUUAUGUUCAUCUCGUGAUGUAUUCUACGAGACCAUUUAUGUAAAAAUCUAUAUGAAACAUGCACAGAAGCUUGUAAAAAUGUGAUAUGAGCUGUACAUUGUUGAUUGUACUUUUAGUUGCAUUGAUUGGUUGUAAUGAAUAACAAUUUUAGAAGUAGAUUAAUAUCUUGAAGAAUUAAUUUUUAUGUUCAAAAAUAUUUGAAUAUUUUAAAAAAAUUAGAAGUUUUUGUUGUAAUAAUUAAAUGAGGUUAAUUAUGUUCUUUUGUGCUAAUGUUUUAAUGUUAUAGAAUCUCAUUUUUUAAAUUAAAAGUUUAAUAAAGGGUUGAAAAUGUGAAAAGAAAAUAAUAUAAUGUAAAAGAGUUCUAUUCAACAAGAACGAGAGAAUCAAUUUAGGACAAACUUAAUUUCUAGGAUAUGAAAAUAGUUAUUUUAAAAAGAUAGAAAUUUUUAAGGUAAUGUCAUAAAAAAUUAAGUUUUUAAUAAUUACUUUAAACCUAUUUAUUAGGUUAAAAUGACAUAUUAUUUAUGCAAAUAGUUGUUUAACACUACUGCACAAAUAUUAAUUAAAGAUUAUGUAUGACAAUAUAGAUAUAUGAAUAUCAAUUAUUAACUAAAGAGAAGAGAAUUUUUUUAAAGUAUAUAUUUUACGUUAAUAAUUUUAUUUAAAUUUUUUUGAAUACAGAUAUACAUUGAUUAUAAGUAGGCAGUAAAUAUUUAUGCAGAUGUACAUAUAUAAUGUAUUAAGAUCUGUUAAAUACAUAAAAAAGAUAUGCAAAAUAAAAAGGUACUUUUUCUUAAAUCUCUAUUGACAAAACAAAUUUUGAUAUAUAUAUUCUGUUUCUGUAUCUAUUUUUUAUAAAAAUAUACAUUUGCAUGAAUAUCUGUAGUUUAUUUAUUAAUAUGGUGUUAUUGUACAUAUAUUCAGAUCUUAUAUUAUCAAUACUAAUACUUAAUGUCUUUUUCCAAUACUGGUUUUGAUUGAUUAAUUCCAGAAUUAAUUGCACAUUACUAAUCAAAAUUAGUUACUGAUGAAACAAGCGAGGAUGUUAAUAUAUUCGAAGUUUUGAAAUAGUAUUAUUAAUUUAAUCCUAUAUUUAACUUUACCUAAAACCAGAUAUUAAUGGCGAGGGUAUUUCGUUAAUAUUGAUAAUUUAAUGAUUAAUCAGAACGAGUAUUAAUUGGAAGAUUUUUAGGUAAUAGCAACAUUGUUACAUAGUUAUUAAUUAAAAAACAUGAAUAUUACAAAAAGUCCUUGAGAAAAUUAGCUUUGAUUAAAUGAGAAAAUUACUUUCGCAAAUUCUGGAAUUUGAAACUCUGUGACAUUUAUAAAAAUAUACAUUAUAUGUAAGUAUAUAUAUAUACACGCGCGCGCGCGUACACACACGUGUGUAUAUGCAUAUGUACCUUCUUAACAGUCUUCUCGCUAAUAACAUAUUUAAAUUUGCGUUUAAAUUUAGCUUCUACUCUUCAUUGACGGCUGUUGUUUUUUUUUUUUUUUUUAAGUAUACAGUAUUUACUUUUUCAAAU